UUGUUGUAAAAUAAUUAAAAUAAAAUUGGUCAUGUUAAAGUUAAGGCAAUUUUUGUAUUGCCAAAUAGCAACACUGUUGGUGGUAGCAAUGCCAGUGGUGGGGUUGUGAGAUAAUAAAAAAGGCGGUAGUCUGAGAAACGAGAGGAGAAAUCAGUGUAUUCGGUAGUGAGCAGAUGUCUAAAGAUUGUAAAAGUGGAGUUUCAAAUAAAGCAAUACAGAAUUAAGUAAACUACUGCAAUCUGUGUAUUAUUUCCUGACUGUUGGAAGUGGAGUUUUACAUCUCAGAAGUGCGGUCGCCUCACUUCCAGAACAUGAAUAGAGAAGGCACACAUCAUUUGAUGACACCCUCGCGCAGCCGUAAAGGAAGCCGAGGCGAAGCGGGUCCCAACCGAUCUCGUACUCGCAGCCGUAGCUCUCGCACGUGCAGCCGGGCCCGGGAGCUGGAACUGUACCAAGAACGUAUCCAGCGACUAGAACAGGAACUGCAGCAAGAGCGGGAGAUGGUACGGCGACGCGAGAGAAGUACACGGCGCCCUUCAGCCGAGAGGCCACUUGCGACCUCUCUUCGUGCAGCUACAGAGGUGCGCCGGAGUGACGAUGCGCGGCAUGCAAAAGUCAACCAUGAACGUCGUGCCACACAUAUCAGGUCACGUAGUCCUUCCUUUUCUACUAAUGAUGUUGUCAAAAUAAUACAGUCUAUUAAGCACGGUCCCGAAUCUCAAACGUUACCGCAGAACACACCGAUGAUUAAUAAAAAUAUAGAUCACAAGAAUAUUCUUCCAAAUUUUGACCCUUCUGUUAAAAAUCAGCGAAUAGACGUGUGGCUGAAAAAGGUUAAUGAAUGCGCGUCGGUUUAUGGUUGGGACGAUAGGACUACUAUACACUUUUCACUACAAAAACUUCAAGGAUUGGCCAAGUUGUGGUUCGAGAGUCUAGAUACGAUCUUGUAUACGUGGCAAGAGUGGCAAGAUAAAUUAAUAAACGCGUUUCCUCACGAACUAAAUUAUGGCCAGUGCUUAGAAGACAUGUUGAGACGAAAAAGCAAGCUUAAUGAACCUAUAGAGCAAUACUAUUAUGAAAAACUGUCUCUGUUAAACCUAUGUGGUAUUUCUGGUAAGCGCGCUGUCGACUGCAUAAUUCACGGAAUUAGUGACAGGACUAUGAAGUCUAGUGCCUUAGCUUUGCGCUGUUCUCUUCCAGAAAAUCUUUUACAGUUUUUAAUGAGUUGGGACACAGAUCAAUUGAUUAAUGAUCAAUCGCAUUUGAGAAAUAAAAAUGCCUCUGACACUGAAUCAAAUUCUAAAAAGAAUUCCGGUCAAGGUAUUUAUUGUUUUAACUGCAAACAGCAGGGGCAUCCGUAUUUACAGUGCCCAAAGCCGCUAGAUAAAUGUAACAAAUGUGGUAAGAUAGGACAUAAAACGGAAACCUGUUUUAAUCAGGAAGAGGGUUCCUCAAUCGGUUUGGUGGUCUCUAAAAAUAACUAGCUCUAGUGCAAAAUUAACCGAAAACUUAUCUUAACGACAUUUUCUUCGAGUCGUAUCACACAUAAAAUAGAGAACAUUCAAGACAAUAUUCCCCAUGAAAGGCUCUGGUUAUAAGUUAAUAUAGUCCUCGGAGAGUAUACCUUUUCAUCUCGAAAUUUGAUGACGUACGUGCUAGUGUUCUGUAGGCUAGGUGACAAUCUGAUGUAAUUCUUCGUUAAUCAAUCAAACAUUACAGAACAAUCGCAUAUCAUUAUUAUGAAAAAUUCAACUACUUAACGGUUUUUAAGCAUGAAUUCUGAACUGUCCCACUCAGAUUUAUA